AUGAGAGGAGAAAAAAGACAAAAUUCUAAUAAGGUUCGGCAAGAAAUGAAUAUAAGCUGGAUAUUAAAUUCUCAUGAACCAACUCCAAUCGCUUUUUUUCGUUUAACCCAUCCAACAGCACGUACACGAGCCAUUGAAAGGUAUAAGAAAUGCUUUGAUUUUGCUGUAAGUCGUAGUGAGGGUGAUAAGCUCGAUAAACUUAAAGCCGUGAAUAAUGACGAAGAAAUUUUACAAAGAGAUUGGGAGAUAUGGUUAAAAGAAAAAAAAGCUAUUCUAGCUUGUCGGGCAAAUCACGAUACUUUUCUGAACAUUCAACAAGAUUUUACAUCAACUAUGACUAAUAUUGUUGGUACAAAAAAAAGUGACGAUAAUAUGGAGAAUGAUUUUGAUAUUGAAGAACACCUCCAGGAACUACAUGAAGAUGAUGCUACAAAUGAAGGUGAUUACAUAGAUGAAGAAAAUAUUAGUAUAGAACUUAAUAGUGAUGCAGAUAAUGACCUCGAUAUGGUAGAAAACAAUAACAAUUAUUCGGAAUCUAAUCGAAAGAUUAGUGAUGAUAAAGAUUUUGAUGAUUCCAUGACACCAGAUUAUGCGGACACUUUUGUAGAAAGAUUUGAAUGCCAACCAUCUUUGGGACAUAUUAGACGUUGGAUCUUACCCAGCGGAACAGAUGUUUCAGAAAUAUUGGAGGAAUACGUGAAAACGAUUCCAGAAACCCAAAAAUGCCUGAACCCUGUUUAUUGGGGCAUUCUAGACCUCACUGGCAAUCAUCCUGAGACUAAGUCUUUAUUUUCGGAAAAAGACUGGUCAGAUAUGGUUAAAAACUUUGAAGAAGAAGUUAAACUGUCAAAAACAACUGUUUCAGAUGCCGUGUGUCAUUUUUUUGACGAAAUUUAUGAGAUUGUUAAGAAACAUAGAGAUCCCGUAAUGGAAAUCGAUAAGUUCUUUCCAGAAAAUAUCGAAGAGAGGUAUAAUAUUAAAUUAAGCAUGGAAGAAAAAAAGCAUAUUACUUCCCUGAAGCAUGUCAUUAUCUCAUACAUUAAAAACCUUGAAAAGAUGGAAUUACCAAUUUCGGAACAAGAUUUUGACAGCUCUUUUUCCAACUUGCUUAUGAAAAAUUUUCUUGAUCAAAAUGAAGUUAAAAUUGAUGUCGGAGAAAUAUGUUGUUGGGCAUCUUCACAACGUCGAAACAAAGGUCGUUCAGUAGUUCUACGUGCCAGGAUAGGCCAAAAAUGUGACUUUAAAGCAACAUUAAAACAUAGUAUUGACAAAUUAGAAGCCUUAGUUGGCCUUCGGAGUGGUGGGCUUCCAGAGACCUAUCGUAAAAAGGUUAUUGAAGAUAAUAUUGAUCUGGCUGUUACUAUGAGAGAUAUUUUGUAUAUGUUUUUUAUUUCAAAUGAAAAGACUCCAGAUGAUAUGUUACAUAAAACAUUUGUACUUGGGACUCAAUCUUGGGGGUGGAACCACGAUAUUUAUGGUAUGGAUUGCAAGGCAACGAAUAUCUGCAGAUUAGGGAGAUUACACAGAACCAAAAUGCCAAGCACUUCUAGGACAGUUGCUUGUUUAGAAAACUUUUAUUUCGCUAUGUUGAGUGUGAAGAAUACUCUUAAAGAUAUUUGUGAACAUGCUAAUGAUAACGUUGCACUGGCCCAAGCUCGAGCACAUCGUUAUUUAAAAAGAAAAAUCGGUGAAGAAUCUGAAGUUGGAGGCUGUUUCGGAAUUAUUAAAUCAUCACCAAAGAAGAUUCAGACUAAAAGUAACCUAACGCAUUUAAUUUGA